AUGGUGGCCGGAGAGUCAAGCCCACCAUCAAACACACUGGCAACCAAAGGUGUUGAAUGCCCUGGCUACGGACCAAGAUUCCGUUGGACGAAUGCCAUUGCUGUCCGUGGUCGUUUCAAAGGCCGUGGCGCGCCUGAUGUACAGAAUACUCAGUCUCUGAACCUGGAUGCUCGACCUCUACAGAGAGUCAAUGAUGAAGCAAUCUGUACCCCAAACUAUCAGUUCGGUCUUGCCUUGGCUCAGCAGCUGCCACCCUCCACAGCACAACGUCUACUUGAAUACUACGCCGCCAACAUUGCACCACUGAUGGUCUGGCUUGAUUCGGACAAGAAUGAGUAUAAGCGUUUGGUCAUUCCUCUGGCAGAGAAGGAUGUGAUCCUCCGUCUGGCACUUCUUACCAUCUCCGCAGAACACAUGCAAGAUGAAGACUCCCUGCCACCUGGAUUCUCCCAUUCCACGGGCGAAGCUGCGAUUCUCAUGAUCACCGAACGAGUGCGUCAGAUGACAGAACGCAAUGUGGACGAUCCACAAAUUGACGUCAACGGAGGAGUCACUGCGAACGUUCUGGCCGCGAUGCUCAUCCUCUCAAACCAUUCGCUGGUGAAGUCUGAAUUGUCUCAUGCACAAUCUCACCGGCAAGCCGCCCGGAUUCUGAUGAAUUCACUGGCACUGAAACGACCUCCUGAUGAUGACCUCACCAUCUUUCUGAAAAACCAGUUGGCCAUUUACGAUGUUCUGUGCUGCACAACAUUGUUCAACUACGAGCACGUUCAGCACGCUAUUUUGCCACAUCUAUCACAACCGGACGUCCCUUUUGGUGAUUUCCUCAAGAUCUUACACCAAAUCACCGUAACGUCUUUCCAUAGUGCCAAGCAUGCGCGACAGGUGGAAAAUCUUGAAGCGGAAUUCAAGCUUGCAAGCGGCUCGACUUUAUUGGCUGCAGGGACGCUCACACAGACGCUGACCGCAUUGCACAGAAGGGACUUUAUUCGACUCGUCCAAGCGUACCACCAUGCUGGAAUCCUCUACGCGUUGACUCGUCUGAGUACAUCCUCCGAGAACGACGGGGAACGACAGAUGGUACUUCACACGGAUGAGCUUUUCAAAGUGCUAGACCAGUUUGAGGACAUGAACGAGGCUUUGCAUAACUUAGCAUGGCCUCUGUUUAUCGCUGGAACCUCUUGCCGAGGGGACGAAAACCGCAUGGGGUUCAUUAGUGGGAUUUGCCAGAGGUUAUCGGCGAACACGCGAUUUGAACACUAUACCAACAUCUCAAUCUUUCUCCAGGAGCUCUGGCAAAGUUCGAAUUCUGACUGGACACUCCUUGCUCGUCAAUGGGAACAGAAAGGCACUCCGAUCAUCGCCGUCUGA